GCACGUUCCGGCAAAGGCGGCAAGAUGGACCAAAAGCGUCGUUCGUGGUCGACACACGAAGAGCAUGUUUUGCUAGCGUCGAUGAAGGAGCUCGUUGCACAAGGUUGGAAGUCGGAUAACGGCUUUCGCGGCGGCUAUUUGAAUAAACUCGAAGAAGCUAUGCGGAAGGAGUACCCAAUGACGGACACAAAAGGGACGCCCCACAUCAACUCCAAAGUGACAACGUGGAAGAAGCUCUACUAUUCGCUGUGGAACAUUCUCAAAGUCUCCGGUGUUGGCUUCAACGUUAACGGCAAACAUAUGAUUGAUUGCGACGACGAGCAAUGGCAAGGCUUUGUGGCUGCCGAUAAGAGCGUGGGCAACUUCCGUUACAAGAGUUGGCCAUAUUACGAGGAUUGGAAGAUUAUCUUCGGCAAAGAUCGGGCAACGGGCGAAGAGGCGGAGGACCUCAUGGAAGCGGCUCAUGACAUGUACCGGAAGAUAAACCUUAGCCCGGUCAAUGAUAGCGGCGACUACCAUGUCUCCUUAGAGGGGAUUUUCGAGAAUGAAAUUUCAGGAGACAACGUAAGCCAAACCUUUAAUCGUGACGAGCCAACCCCCGUUGAAAAGGAGGCUCCAACUUCAAGUAAGAAACGUCGUCGUAGUGUAGGCUUUGAUGACAAGUUCUUCGAGGCUUUGCGCGAGGUUGGCCGGGGCACAGGAUUCGAGGCUUGAAACUAUCUCCAACCGAAUGGGGUACGAUUUCGACGUGUCGAAGGCGCGCAAAGAAGUGUUUUCCAAAUUGAGUGGCAUUGUGGGGCUUACACGAACCGAUAAGUACAUCCUAUGCAACAUGCUUGCUGAAAAAACGGAGUUUCUUGACAUCUUUUCAAGUCUCCCCGAAGAUGAAAAAGAAGGGUACGUGUUGUUCCUCCUUGCUUCGAAGAAAAUGUGACUUUGCGUGGCUCUCAUUUGCGACGUGGGUGACACCAUCGAAUCUUAGUCAUCGCUGCUGCUUUUGUUUUGUUUGUUUUGAAAGGUUGACAUUGGCCAUCUACAUUGCUUUUCU